GGAAAGAAAAUCGUGUGACUGGGUUUUGAAUGCCGUUUUGACUCUCUGCACAUUGCAACAGCACAGACACAAGCAGAGUGAUCAUGAACGAUCACCAGGAGUGUGAAGUUCGCCAAAACGAUAAACCUGCUCGAGUUUAUGCCGAUGGAAUUUACGAUCUCUUUCACUUCGGUCAUGCACGUUCUCUUGAACAAGCCAAGAAAUUGUUUCCAAACACUUAUCUCCUUGUUAGAUGCUCAAUGACGAAACCUUUGCCAAGAUGAAGAAAGGAGUUAGAAUUGUCAAUGUUGCUCGUGGUGGAGUCAUUGAUGAGGAUGCGCUUGUUAGAGCAUUGGAUUCUGGAAUUGUAGCUCAGGCGGCUCUUGAUGUUUUCACGGUGGAACCACCCGCCAAAGACAGCAAAUUGGUUUUACAUGAGCUAGUUACUGCAACACCUCAUCUAGGUGCCAGUACAAUGGAAGCUCAGGAAGGCGUGGCUAUUAAAAUAGCAGAAGCUGUUGUUGGGGCGUUGAAAGGGGAGCUUGCUGCUACUGCAGUCAAUGCACCAAUGGUUCCCUCAGAGGUGUUAACUGAGCUAAAACCAUUUGUUGUUCUUGCCGAGAAACUGGGUAGGCUGGCUGUCCAACUGGUAGCAGGAGGAAGUGGUGUAAAAUCAGUGAAAGUGACUUAUGCUUCCGCUAGGGCCCCGGAUGAUCUUGACACCCGUCUUCUUCGUGCUAUGAUAACAAAGGGUCUGAUAGAGCCCAUAUCCAGUGUUUUUGUGAACUUAGUUAAUGCCGACUUCACUGCUAAACAAAGAGGGCUAAGAUUAACCGAGGAGAGAGUUAUUCUUGAUGGUUCACCUGAGAAUCCACUUGAAUUCAUCCAGAUCCAGAUUGCUAAUGUGGAAACUCGGUUUGCCGGUGCCAUAUCAGAUUCAGGGGAGGUUACAGUUGAGGGUCGCGUGAAAGAUGGUGUCCCUCAUCUUACGAAGGUUGGAUCUUUUGAAGUUGAUGUAAGUUUGGAAGGUAGCAUCAUACUUUGCAGACAGGUAGAUCAACCAGGUAUGAUUGGAAAGGUGGGAAGCAUCUUAGGUGAAGACUAUUCUACCUGUUGCGAAGGAACUGCAUUUUUUUUUCCUUUGCAAAGCUGUAUGAACCAUGCCUAUUGUCCUAAUGCCAAAGCUUUCAAAAGAGAUGAGGAUAGAGAUGGCCAAGCAACGAUAAUUGCACUCCUGGUCCUGUUUUCUUGUGAAGGUCCAAAACCGAGUAAAACCUGAGCUGUAAUCAAAAACUGAAAAUUGCUUUUGGAAUCUUCAUCAUU